AUGCCGCGCCAGGCUGCGAAGGAAUCUCAGGUAUACGCCUCUCUGAAGAGGGACCCCGAGUCUGUCAUUCCAAAGUUGCUUCUUCCCAUGACUCCCCGCUACGCCCUGGAACCGCUGUCUGGAGGAAGGAACUUUAACUUUGGCUCUGAGGCCGCUGAGCGGAUGCAAUCUGACUGCCCUGAACUGAGCGAUGAGCUGUGCAGUGUGCGGAAUCCACUCUCUGGCUGGUCUGUGCCCACCGGGCUUGGAGCCGCGCUGCCCGCGCCCCUCGGCCCUGGCUUUUCCCUCCAGAAGUUUCAGCAGAAAGCUCUGAAGCAAACUAAGCAGAAGAAAUCCAAGUCGGCUGAAUUUCUGAUGGUUAAAGAAGCUAGAGAAGCUACGGAAGGCACUGGAAAUCCAGCUUUUAACAUGAGCAGCCCAGAUCUCUCAGCACAUCAGACUUCAGAAAAGAAAGUUAUUAGACAUGACAUGCUGGAUCGCACCCUUGCAGCUCACCAACAAAAAUUCAGGCUGCUAGCCUCUGCUGAACCAAAAGGAAAUGAAUACAGCAGAAAUUACUUUGACCCACCGACGGAUGAGGAAAUAAACCCAAGGCAGUAUGGGAUGGAGGUCAGCGGAGAGGUUGAUAAUAGAAUUCUCUAUGAUCGAUUAACGGAGCUGUUUCAUGAGAAUGGACAAGGAGGAGCCCAAGAUGAGAGCAUCCUGGAGGAGGCUUUGGGUUCUGAAGAGCUGGUGAGUUCUGGUAAGAUUCUUGGACUCUACAAAGAGGACGGUGAAGCCACCUCUGCUUACAGUGAGGAGAUUGAAAGAUACGCCCCAAAAGACAUAAUUCCGCCUGGAAGUUCUUCACUGGAACAGCCUCUUCAAAUACAGAUGAAAUGCAUAAGGGGUCUCAAGAACAAGGCUCCCCAAGGCUCCUACUUCCUCAAAGUGUCCCUGCUUGGUCGACCAGGCGCCGUGUCUUGGCCGUGGUGCCCGACGGAGAAUCUGAAGACCAGAACACAUCCAGUGAGGCAUGAUGGAAAUGUUUAUGAUGUGGGGCUGUAUUUCCACGAAAGCCUUUAUGUGGUACUCCCGUCUAAGAAGGAUGUGAAACCUGGUGCAGCUUGCUUGUUUGAACUCAUUCUCUGUCGUGGGAAAUAUGCUUGUCUCCACCAAGUUGUGGGCUGGACAACUUUCCCUUUGUAUGAUAGCAAUUUGGAUGUAGUGGAGGGAAAAUUCAAGUGUCCACUUCUCCGAGGGCAUUAUGACCAGAAACUCGACAACUUCAGGAAAAUUGAAGAUUUGAUUUGCUUGGACCUGGACCACUGGCUGUGCAAUCUCUACUUUCAGGUAAUUAAACUUCCUCUACAUUUGGAUGAUCAAAAAAACCAUGGAAGGUGUAUUCCGCUUCCCCCUGAAUUUCCAGUUCGUUUAAUGGCUGAAGCAGAGAAAGCAGAAUCAGGUGUCGAUAACACAGCUGGCCUUUCAGAGAAAGAAACAGAGAAAAACGUUUGUGCCUCAAGGGGUGAUGAAGCUAAAUCCUCAUCAGUCUCAUCUCAAGUUUCACUCUAUUGCAAACGAGGCUAUAGAGUGAUUAUUCUUGGACAUGUCCUUGUGUUCACAGGUUUUGCAUUCACUUGUAUGCCUCCCCAUCUGGAUUACAAGCCUCGUGAAGUUUUGACAGGACCACGAUACAGAGUCCCGCUUGCCUCCAAAGUGAUGCUGGCUGACAACCUCGCACUGCUCCAGGAGCAAAGGAACAUGUGGAAGAAAUUGUUCUUUUCCAUUUCACAGCUUGUCAUUUCCUCUGCGGGGCAGCCCCUGACCCCUCUGAGAGAUCCUGACACCCAUAAGGGAAGUGUUCCCACCGAUGUAAAGGAAGUGGAGAAGCAGUUUAACGCUAAGAAAGAAGGGAUAAGGGUAGAAAGUAAUUUGGUCGUCAAAGCAGGUUUUGAAGUGCAGGGCAUACUAAAACAGCUGACGUUUGUGAAAUCAAGGGUGGUGACAACACUGAUGGAACUGAACGUGAUGUCAUAUUUAUUUGCUUUGUUUCAGAUGCACCUGGUGUUUGAUGUUGUUAUCGAUGACUUGCAGUUCUGUGAUCCUAUUAACACAAGCCUCUUAGCACCAAUACUUUUUUCCCCCAUUUAUUUAAUUUCAUUUCAUUCUGUGAAGGAAAAAUCAACUGCUUGGAAAACUGUAGAAAUUGAAGAUUAUUCUCAGAAUACAUCUUAUUUGGAGGAACUGGAGAAACACAGAUUUUCAGUUUGUUGUUCUUCAGUAGCUGAUAGUACUGGAUCUGGAGAAUUCUUUAAGCAUCUCUAUUUUGUGCUGGCGUCAGUGUUUUCAGAACUUCAGUUCGCUCAAUGGCAAAGCCAGGGCUUCUGGUACAUUAUCUUGCUGAUGGCUUCUCUCUGGUUCCUGAGGCUUUACCUGCAUUACCUCAGCCAGUGGCUUUUCCUCCAGGCCAUUUCAAUUCCUGUUACAAAGUGAAUUCCAUUUUUCCCCCUCACGGUUGAGCUCUGCUACCCAAGCUCUUUACUUCGCAUCGGAGAAGAGUUGCUUGUUGUUGUGAUGGGGCCUUUAAUGCUGAACGCAAUGGUACUUCCCUUGGUUCUGAUCAUAUGGGGCUGUCAGGUACUGUUUGCCUUCCGCCCUGAUGUCCUGUCAAAGUUAAUCAUCACCACGGGACUAUGGACGGUUCUGGACCCACUGGCAGUGUUUAUUGUGGAUACUGUCCUGGGGAAAACUCGAAAGCUGCCUGUGAUCCACAGAUCAGCAGCAUUGGAGUCCAUACUUGGAUACUCUCACCAGUUGAAUAAAAAGAUGCGUUUUAACCUGCUCUACGGUGAUAAACAGCACCCUGAAGUUUGA